CUUGUACUUGCGAACUGUUGCAACCAAAAAAAUCAAGUUUGUUGAUGUUUCUUUGACAAAAACCUUGUCAAUAAGAAAUUUCGAUUUUUCAAAAUUAAAAUUUUCGUGAACGGACUGACAACUGGCCGUCGGAACAUUUAAAUCAGCACCAAAAAUCCUAAGUAUACUAAAGGGGAUGGUUUAAUUUGAAUGGCUCACAAUAUUAUGUCCAGGAAAAAUUUAUGUAACAAUAAGAAAAAAGUGGGGCGUUUUCAAAAGACUACAACACGGCACAUAUGGCUACUCGACUCAGUCCCCGGAAUUCCGAAGUAAGUGCGUUAGAGCAGCGCGGCUAUCUGAUCGGAAAGAAAAUCGGACAGGGUUCGUAUGCCACCGUGCAUCUGGCCGACUAUGUUGACAGCACCGGGCCUAAGAAAAUGCGCCUAGCGUGCAAGAUUUUCGACAAGGAGAAAGCGCCGAGGGACUUUUUGGAAAAGUUUUUUCCGAGGGAGUUGGAAAUUUUGACGAAAAUCGAAAAUCCUCAUAUCAUACAAGUACACAGUAUCCUUCAGAGAGGACCUAGAGUUUUUAUUUUUAUGAGAUAUGCAGACAAUGGAGACUUACUAGACUUUAUUAAACGCAAUGGCGUCGUUCCUGAAAACCAAGCUAAGAUAUGGUUUAGACAGAUGGCAAGCGGUCUUCACUACCUGCACAGUAAAAACAUUGCUCAUAGAGAUUUAAAAUGCGAAAACAUCCUACUAUCGCGCCGAUUCAACGUUAAGCUGGCCGAUUUCGGUUUCGCACGAUUCUGCGUCGACGCAGACAAUAGAAGAAUACUGAGUCAAACUUACUGCGGAUCCGCCGCAUACGCGGCACCUGAAGUCGUCAACGGAACCCCGUACAACCCUAAACUUUCCGACGUUUGGUCUCUAGGAAUAAUCCUGUUUAUAAUGCUCAACGCUUCGAUGCCUUUCGACGACUCAAACCUGCGCAAGCUACUUAAAGACCAAAUGACCAAAAACUGGGUGUUCCGAUCAAGAGUGCGCGAUACGAUCUCCUCGGCGUCCAAGUCGUUGGUGCGCCACCUGUUGGAGCCCGAUCUAACUCUCCGCUUGACCCUGGAUAGAGUGAUCCAACACGAAUGGUUGCGCAUAAGAAGAGACCGGCCGUCGUCGCUGAUUGGCCGGUUGGUGCACUCGGCCCCGCAUAGCCAAAACGCAGUCCAGACAGCGCACGAAAAUGAGGUUGCCGGAGAUUUCCAAAAUCCGGAUAUCAAGAAGAGCGAGAUGAUGAUUGGUAUGUCGGAUAACUAGCUGCGGAGCUCAAUAAACACAGAACAACUGGUGUACUGAAAUGUAUGAUUUUGAAAGAUUAAAAAUAGUUCUGUUGAUUUUAUUGCAGCAUUUAUUAUUCUUGAAAAAAUAUUAGUAAAACUGUGUUGUCUGUGCAAAAAUUGUAGUGUAUUACAUUUACGUGUGUUGUUUUAUAAAAAUUUAAAUAUAAUAUUAACUGCUAAACGUUUCAAAAUUUUUGUGCCACAUUUUAACACAUUUGCAAAGAAAAUUAAUUAAUAUUUUUAAACAAAAAUUCUGAAAAGC